GGAGAUGCCUGUAUUAGAGUCAACAAGAUAAAAUCAUAUUUUAGAGAUUCAAGGGAGAAAUUGGAAGAAUUAAAACGAGCGAUCGACACUGUGGAAUAUACGAAAAAGUUUAUAAGAGAACAAAUGAAGCGGAGGGAAUCAGAGGCUAAGAAACCAAAGGAGUCGGAGAUGGAGACAGAAGAGGAGGUGGACAUUUUGAUGAGCAGUGACGUUUACUCUGCCACACUUUCCACCAAGUCCAUCACUUUCUCGAGGGCGCAGACUGGAUGGCUUUUCAGAGAGGAUAAGACGGAGCGCGUGGGAAACUUCUUGGCAGAUUUCUAUUCCGUGAACGGCCUUGUGCUGGAGUCCAGAAAGAGACGAGAGCAUCUGAGUGAGGAGGACAUCUUGAGGAAUAAAGCUAUUAUGGAGAGUCUGAGCAAAGGAGGAAACCUCAUUGAGCAGAACUUUGAGCCAAUGAGAAGGCAGUCUUUAACCCCCCCAUUGCCCAACACUAUUUCCUGGGAGGAAUACAUCACUGCAGACAAUGGAAGAGCGCCUCAUUUAGGAAGGGAGCUGGUCUGUAAAGAGAGCAAGAAAAACUUCAAAGCCACGAUAGCCAUGAGUCAAGACUUCCCUCUGGGCAUUGAAUCGUUAUUGAAUGUCCUGGAGGUGAUUGCACCCUUCAAGCACUUUAAUAAACUCAGGGAGUUUGUUCAGAUGAAGCUCCCCCCUGGCUUUCCUGUCAAACUCGACAUCCCGGUCUUUCCUACUAUUACAGCCACGGUCACGUUUCAGGAGUUCCGCUACGACGAGUUCGAUGAAUCCAUUUUUACCAUUCCCACUGACUACAAAGAAGACCCAAGCCGCUUCCCUGACCUUUAACCUCUCGCCUUGGUUUUUAAUCCCACAAAACACACCUUUUAUGAA